ACUGUCAUCGCAGUAAAGAGGGAAGGGCAUCAUGACAUGGAGCAAAAUUUUCCACUGAAGGGGCUCAUAUAUGUCUGAAGAUCGGCUGAAAACGCACACGGACUAAGACACAAUCGCCUUGAGACUUAUUCUUCCUCACAACCGGCUUUGUGAUUGUCUUGUAAUGGACUUUUCGCCUCCUUAGUCAUCGCUUAGCUCGUCGAGACAUCACCGAACCAAGCCAAAUAACCGACCAACUGCGUUACUAAACUCUUAUUAUUAUUAACGAGAACUGAUAGAAACUGCAUCAUGGCGUUGAUCUUGUUUACGAGAACCAGAGCGCCUCUGAUGAAGACGUCCAGAUCGCUAAAAAAUGAAUUUAGAAAAGGAAAAGAGACACUACAAGAUGGUACCUGUAUGAACUGUGCAGCUGUCAGACUCUCCAGCCAAAAGUUGGAUGGACACCGAUUCAGUGUCCUGUCCCAACUGUCUGCAUUUGGCCCGUCUCGCCUGUCCUUGGACUCCUCUGUACAGCCCCUCUGUCCCAACCUGGACUCUCAGCUUUACUGUGCUCUGGUCCCUUCAUACCCCCAACCCUCUGUCACCUCUCCCCCCUGGACGAUAGCACGGACGAGGGACAUCUGUGGAGUGCGAUGGGUCCACACGUCCUGCAGGAGGUGGGACGACUCUAAAGUGGAAAAGUCAUUACGAACUCUAAAAGAAAAGAAGAAAUUAGAGGAAGGGGGUCCUGUGUACAGUCCCACUUUGGACGCAGAACCAGUCAGACGGACAAUAAGGCAGAGAGUCGUAGAUGAGAUUAAACAUUACUAUCACGGAUUUAGGCUCCUGUGGGUCGAUACUACUAUCGCAGGACGAAUGCUGUGGACGGUGCUGAAUGGACACACCUUGUCCCGCAGAGAAAGACGACAGUUUCUCAGAACAUGUGCGGACGUCUUCAGGCUGCUCCCCUUCCUGGUUUUCAUCAUCGUUCCUUUUAUGGAGUUCCUGCUUCCUGUUGCUCUCAAACUCUUCCCCAACAUGCUGCCGUCCACCUUUGAGACUCAGUCCAAGAAGGAGGAGAGAUUGAAGAAGGAGCUGAGGGUGAAACUAGAGAUGGCUAAGUUCUUACAGGAUACCAUCGAGGAAAUUGCACUGAGGAACAAGGUGACACAAGGAAAUGUGACAGAGGAGUUCUCCACGUUUUUCCAGAAGAUCCGUGACUCUGGCGAGCGUCCCAGUAACGAGCAGAUCAUCCGUUUCUCCAAACUCUUUGAGGAUGAACUUACCCUGGACAACCUGACACGGCCUCAGCUCGUAGCCCUCUGCCGCCUUCUGGAGCUACAGUCCAUCGGCACAAACAACUUCCUCCGCUUUCAACUCAUUAUGAAACUCAGGGCCAUACGUGCUGAUGAUAAGCUGAUUGCCGAAGAGGGAGUGGCGAGUUUGAAUGUGAACGAGGUCCAAGCGGCGUGUCGUGUCCGAGGAAUGAGGUCUUUGGGAGUCACAGAGGAGAGACUGAGGGAACAGCUGAGCCAGUGGCUGGAGUUGCACUUGAACCAGCAGAUUCCUACCUCUCUUUUGUUACUGUCUCGGGCCAUGUACCUCCCAGAUACACUGUCCCCAGCUGACCAACUUAAGACAACUCUACAAACCCUGCCAGAGACUGUGACAAAGGAGGCACAGCUAAUGGCAGCAGAGAUGGAGCUCUCUAAAGUGGACAAUAAAACCAAAGUGGAAACCACCCUGAAAGAGGAGGCAGCCAUUCGACAGGACAACAAGGAGCGGGAAAUGGAACGAAUCGCUGAUGCUGCGGAGAAGGCAGCAAAGGAUGAACUCGAGCUUGAAGAAAAACAAGUUAAGUCCAAUGUGGAAGUUUCUGCUCAUUCAGAGAUCCUGAGAGACACUGCUCCUGUUGUAGAAGGACUGAAGGAUGAGGAAAUCACCAAAGAGGAGAUUGACCUUCUGAGCGACGCUUGUACCAAACUGAAGGAGCAGAAACGGCUGUUGACUUUGGAGAAAGAAGAGCUGGAGGAAUUGAAAGAUGAUGUUCAAGAAUACAACGAGGACUUGGAGGAGAUAAAGAAGGAGCUCUCCAAGUCGGGACAGGAGAAGGCCGUGGAGGAGUCUAAGGCCAGUCAGCGUCUGUCCAAAAGGGUGAACCGAAUGAUCGGACGAAUCGACAAAAUCAUCGGAGAGCUUGAAAACGAUAAGGUCAUUCUGGACGGACAGAUGGACGCUGGUGCCACCCCCCCAGUUGGAUUGUUCCUUACUAAAUAUAGUGAUGCUACAAGUCUGUUCUACGCCUUUAGGGAGAAUUUGGUGAGCAUCGACGAGCUGAUCGGAGUCAUGAGGCAGAUUCAAAAUAUCCCCGAACACAAACUGCAGAGCAUUGCCGACGCACUGGAUGACAACAAAGAUGGCAAGAUCGACAUAGACGAUGUUAUCAAGGUGGUGGAGCUGAUCGACAAAGAGGACAUCGACAUCUCCACGUCGCAGGUGGCCGACAUCAUGGUGAUGCUGCAGAAGGAGGAGAAACUGAUGGAGAAGGAGAAGGCCAAAGACAAGAUGGAGAAGGAGCAGGCAGUCAACCGGAACAUCUGAUGACCUUUGACCUCAGGAUUCUAAGACUGGGCAUCUCUAAUGACACUUUAACAGGAAGUGGAGUGAGGUACCUCCUUCACGAUAAAUAUAAACGGCUUAUUGCCUUUAAAAACGCACAGAAAUAUUAAAUAACCAAUGCCAUGUAUGUGAUAGCUACUUUGAAUUGAACCUGUAAUAUGUACUGUUGAUAUUUUGUAUAAUUUCACUGAUUAUUUAUGAAAGGCAGGGAAUACAAAGACUUGAGAGGAUUAAUUGAGAGAUAUGUGUUUUGAGAAAAUAUAGAAAAUAUAUAUUGACAGAGAAAAUAUUUGCUUGAAGUGAUGCGUCCUCCUUUAUGUUGUUAAAGAAAUGAGCAAAUCAUUUCUGGAUUUUGCACAAACCAUGAAAUCAUCUUCAUCUCUUCCCUAUGCCAUUCCAUGUCAUGUGAACACCCCUUUUGUUUUAGGUUGUAAAUGUCUUUCUGUUAGGAGGCGGGUAUUUUUACAGAGUUGGACAGGAGUAGAGGAAAUGGUGGCUGCUAAAAGAAGCCAUCGUUUUGCAUUCACAGUACAAAUGCAAGAGUUACCCUCAACAAUCAGUGUCCAGAGGAUCCUUGUGUUUCAAAUUAUUUUAAGGAAAUGACUAUGGCUAAACAUAGACAAGUAUGAACAGGUUAUGGUGAGGUUUAAAAUGUCUGCAGUAACAGUGACUGCAGUUAUGGUAAAAGGUAAAAAUUACAUUAGACAAACAACAAAAAGUAACAUGUAAUUCAAACAAAUACAUAAGAUACUGCCAUAUUAAAACAUGCAGUGGAACUUUGAAUUCAGCUUAUAACAUAUAGUAUUUGAAUAUUCUUAUGUUGUUACUAAGCUUCUUCAUGGUAUAUGUGGAUGCAUUGUCUGAGAAGCUACUAACUGUUUUCUUAAUGCCAGUCUAUGAAAUGCCAGAGUUGCACUGAAGAAUAUUUAGAAAUUAAACAAUAAAUUCAGUAUCAUUUCAAAUCAGACCCUCAAAGACCCAUAAGUUUCUAUUUAGUUUUGAUAGUUAUUUUUUUAGCAAGUUUAAACCUGGAUAUACAAGUGGCCUUUUCUGGAAAUACAUGAUACAGUAAAGUGUAUAUUUUUGAUAGACAGAUAAGGUUUUAGUUAGUUUUAGUCCCAUACUUGUAUUUAACUUUGCACUGUAGUGAUGGACGAAUGAGUGGCUGAUAAGUACUCCUCAGGUUCAGUCUUUAUACUUUUUUUACUUUGUUGUAGCCUGAAAUCUCGACUUUUGAAUGUGUGUGGUAUGAUAGCACAGAGAACAAGUAGCGAAGUAAAGAUCAUACACAGAUGCAAGCUUUUACAUUCAUUUAGUAUUAAAACAUCACUGAAGUUAUGCAUAAUCUAAAGAUUAACCAGUGAUUUAGUUAUAGGUGCGAAAUACAAAUUCUGAGGAGUAUAAUUACAACUAAAGUCUGCAUCCAAUUUACCAAAGCUUGAUCAAUGUUAAUCAAUGUUUUAUUUUCUUGGCAAAAGCUUAUUUGAAAACCCAGUAAUUUUUAUUUUGGUCAACUGUUUUGUUUUUUAUAAGGGAGAGAUGCAUUUGGCAGACUUUGGCAUGAAUUAACUUGUCAUAACUUGCUUAACAAACUUACUCCUACCUCGUAAAGAGAUUAAAUUCCUAACGGAGGUAUGAAAGUGUUAUAUCUCAGUACCUCUUCAAUUAAAAGUGUAACCGUCCUACAGUCCUAAAAUAUCAGUUAAGCUGAAAUGAAGUGAGAAAGUUAAACAACCCUCAUGCAAUUAGUUGGGGAUGCAACUUGAAUGACUGAGGUUAGCACGUGUAAAACGUAGUCUCUUGUAUCAUAUAAGGACAUAAGGCUCUCAUAGCCUAUAAAGCAUGUUGAUUUAAUCUACAUAUUUUGAUGAGUUAAAGUGCGUUAAAAAGAGUAAAUAAUAGUGGCAUCAGUCUCAAUGACAUGCAGUAGUUUCCAUGGUGGACCAUGGAGGCAGGUGGAGGCAGCUGAAGAUAUGGGCAAGAAUAUGCAGGAUCACCAGCUAGUUUUUAAGGAAGCAAUGCAACAACCAUAACUUGAACUGCAUUUUGGGUAUAUCAUAAAACCUACAGGGCCAAUCAGUCGCAUGAAAUCUCACCUCAGGCUAAUGAUGGGCCCUAAUAAUCAAACACCUACAGAUUGUCACACUAUUUAUUUUUUAUUUAUUUAAUCUAAAAUAUUGAUUUAAGCUUUUCAUUUUGGUACUCAUUCAUUCACAAGUUCAUGUAAAAAUAUGAUAAUCUUGAAUAAAUUGUAAACUCCUAAA